AACCACCGAUUUGUCUUUUGUCUUGUUCUCUGUGUGCUAAAAUAGGGUUAGGGUUUUGAGGUGAGGUUGCAGCGAUGGUGGACAAGACCAAGGCAAGAAGGGUGGACAUUGUCACUCGUGAAUAUACGAUUAACCUCCAUAAACGCCUUCAUGGCUGCACCUUCAAGAAGAUGGCUCCGAAGGCCAUCAAAGAGAUCAGGAAGUUCACCCAGAAGGCAAUGGGCACCACCGAUGUGAGGGUGGAUGUGAAGUUGAACAAGCACGUAUGGAGCCGGGGGAUUAGGGGUGUUCCAAGAAGGGUGCGCUUGCGCAUAGCUCGCAAGCGCAAUGACGAGGAGGAUGCCAAGGAGGAGAUCUACUCUCUUGUCACUGUUGCUGAGGUGCCGCCUGAGGGCUUGAGAGGCCUUGGCACCAAGGUGAUCAAUGAAGAGGACUAAGGCUUUUUCUCUGUUUGCCACCACCAAGUCAAUUCCCUUAUCUGAAUUGGCGACAAGUUUUGGUUUUACGUUUCUGUUUCGACUCCCCUUGAGAUUUUUCUUUAUCAUCUUUCUUUUAUUUUGGUUUCUCGCAUCGGGUUUCCUGAGGAACAUCUCAUCACUAUCGAUUAGUAGUUUCUUUGUUCGCUGUUUUGUAGCCCAGCCUGAUUGUGGCCUCUCUUUCUAGGAAGUGUUCCAUGCUACUUUCUGUAAUCUGUACUUGUGUGCUGGUCAGGAUUGAUUAUCUACUCCAUAGAAUGAGUUGUAUGGAGAUUGCACAUUUGAGGACCCGCUCUUGAAUUGAAAUUGAAUGGAAACGAUAAGGCUAUUUACCUUUGA